GGGUUUCAAGCGAAGGUGUACUGUACACGAUGUACACGGACAUUAAAUCAGGGCUGUCAGUGAAAGAGCUGUAAAGAAACAAACCACAGAUGUUUAAGUGAAGCUACAACUUCAACAACAUCCACUUUUAUUAUGAGUUCCCCCCCCCUCAUCUUUUCCCGGUUUUAAUUCAAGCUGAAAGGUCCGGAUCCGCACCACAGACCCGUCAAUGCACCACCAGAAUGGACGCAGCUCCUGGAUAAAGUGAAUCAUGUCUUUUGCUGUUUGCCUGUCACUGUUGGUGCUGUUGUCGUGUCACCAGCGGGUCACCUGGGGCUCACAUGUCGGAUUAACCGGCUGGUCUGCAAACACCACACGAGCCAUGAUGUUUCAAAGCAGCAACGAUGAGUGCGAACUUGUGAUGAACCUCAGUGCUGCAGACCGCUGUGCAUUUGUGAAGAACACACCGGACUGUAGCAUGGAAGAUGGCUUCAUCAGCUACCUUCGAGUGGCCUUCUGUCUGCUUCCUCCCAACCUCGUACCUCUCACCAUCACUCUCUGUGUUAUAUGGCUGCUAUUUCUGUUUGUCAUUCUUGGACUCGCAGCGUCUAAAUUUUUCUGUCCCAACCUGUCAGCAAUCUCUACCAGUCUGCACCUCACUCACAACGUGGCUGGUGUGACAUUUCUGGCUCUUGGUAAUGGAGCUCCAGAUAUCUUCAGUGCCAUUGCAGCCUUCUCCCACCCACACACAGCUGGGCUGGCUGUCGGAGCCUUGUUUGGAGCUGGUAUAUUUGUCACCACAGUAGUCGCAGGCAGCGUGGCACUGGUCAAGCCUUUUACUGUGGCCUCGCGUCCAUUUCUGCGUGAUGUCAUCUUCUACAUGGUGGCAGUGUUUUGGACUUUUUUCAUGUUGUACAGAGGAACCACGACACUAGGCGAAAUACUUGGGUACCUGGCCCUCUAUGUGGUGUAUGUAUUGACUGUUAUCAUCAGCGCGUACAUCUACAACCGGCAAAAACAUUCGAUGAACUCAAGUGUCCGUAAUGUUGCACAUAUCCCAGAGUUUCACUCGUCUGACUCAUCUGACGAGGACGUGCCCUGCCUGACUGGUGGGACCAUCCAACACGAGUAUGUCUCAGAGUACAGGCCACUUCUGCCUUACUCUGAGUCCACAGGUAAGAUUCUGCUGACCUCACUGAACCCGAUCGACAGCAGGAAGUGGAGGAGGAAAUCAUGGAGCUGGAGAGUCCUCAAAGUACUGAAGACACCUCUAGAGGUGCUGCUGCUGCUCUGUAUUCCUGUGGUCGACCCUGAUAAAGAAGACAAGAACUGGAGACGUCCACUAAACUGCCUUCAUCUGAUCACUGCUCCCCUGGUGUGUGUGCUCACCUUCCAGUCUGGAAAAUAUGUAGAUUAUUUGAUCCAAGGGCAGUUUCCCCUCUGGGUGCUGAUUCUGCUGUUGGGACUUUUCCUGUCUGCUAUUGUCUUCUGCACCACCACUAAUGACUGCCCCCCCAAAUAUCAGCCAGUAUUUGCUCUUUUAGGCUUUGUGGUGAGUGCAGUGUUGAUCAGCGCUGCAGCCUCUGAAGUGGUCAGUCUUCUGCACAUGCUCGGUGUGGUGCUGAGUCUCAGCAACACUGUGCUGGGGUUGACUCUGUUGGCCUGGGGCAACAGCAUAGGAGACUGUUUUUCAGACAUCACCAUUGCCCGGCAAGGUUAUCCCCGGAUGGCCAUAUCUGCCUGCUUUGGAGGCAUCAUCUUCAACAUGCUGUGUGGAGUGGGUUCAGGGUGUCUGCUACAGAUGCUUAAAACACACUCGUUUGUGCAGUUUGAAGUAGAGGGUUUGUUGACAUGGGUUCUAGCAGGAUCUCUUGGUUUGUCUUUGGUCCUGUCCUUCGUCAUUGUUCCACUGGGCCGGUUCCACUUGGGUCGGACCUACGGGAUCUUUCUCCUAGUCUUUUAUGUCAUCUUUCUUCUCAUUGCACUACUCACAGAGUUUGGUAAGAUCCACUAAUGUGUCAAUCCUCCCUUGAUGCAAAAGGACACACUGGAACAGAGGCUGCAGAAGAAUGGACAUCCACUUCUACGCAUAAUAUUAAUGCACUAUUUAUACAAGAAUCCACACUUUGUGCACUUGCCUACUACCCAGAGCCACCCUGUGGGGGGGGUUUCUGAAACCAAGCAGGCAAAUCAAUGACUUCUCUGCUCAGGGAGAGCUGAAAAUAAUCAUCACACUGUGCCUUUAUUCAACCUGUUGUUUGUGCUGACUGGAGCUGCGAUGGCACUUUGUGAAUCCAGAGGGAAAACACAGGUUGUAGAAAUUUGUACUUUAAACAUUGUAAAUUAACUAAAUGUACUGUAAAUCAAAAUGUUAAAAUGACCCUGUACAAAGCUGCUUUGGGGGAAUUAAAUAAUUUGGUUUGGUA